UUGAUAAAUUAGUUAUAAUCCUGAAGAACUCUUCCCACAAGAAACUCAUUUCUUAAUUAAAUAAAAGUUUCAUUCCUUGUCUAGUUAUUUGGUGAAGAAAUGACUCUUGAAAAGCUAAGUUGGAAAUCAAUCAUCCCAUGUUGUUACAAAGUAGAUGAUGAGUUUGUAAGAUCCAAGAAACAGGUCAAAAAACAAACUUCAUUCCAGAGGCUGACACUUUUAGACUUUGAUGAUCCAAGUUCACCACUAUCUGCUGAUGAACUCUCCAAUUCAUUCAUUGGAUCAAGCCUUAUCAACUUCACAUUUACUGAUCUCAGAGAGGUCACACACCAUUUUUCCUCUGCUAAUUUUCUUGGUGAAGGAGGAUUUGGACCCGUAUACAAGGGAUUCGUCGAUGACAAGCUUAGGCCAGGAUUAAAAGCUCAGGUUGUGGCUGUUAAGGUUCUCGACACAGAUGGUCUACAAGGUCACAAGGAAUGGCUGACAGAAAUAAUAUUCCUGGGGCAACUGAGGCAUCCACAUCUAGUAAAAUUGAUUGGAUACUGCUGGGAAGAUGAUAAAAGACUCUUAGUCUAUGAAUUCUUGCCAAGGGGAAGCUUGGAGAAUCAACUCUUUGGAAAGUUUUCGAUUACAUUAUCAUGGUCAACUAGGAUGAAGAUAGCAUUGGGAGCAGCAAAAGGUCUCGCGUUCCUCCAUGAAGGUGACAAAUCAGUCAUAUACAGGGAUUUUAAGGCCUCAAACAUCUUAAUAGAUUCAGAUUACACUGCUAAACUUUCUGAUUUUGGACUAGCAAAGGAUGGUCCAGAGGGGGAUGAUACUCAUGUAUCCACACGGAUAAUGGGCACACAUGGCUAUGCAGCCCCUGAAUACAUCAUGACAGGUCAUUUGACGACAAUGAGUGAUGUAUACAGCUUUGGGGUAGUUCUGUUGGAACUUCUGACUGGUAAAAGGUCUUUGGAUAAAUCAAGAAGAGAUGGCGAACAUAAUUUAGUUGAAUGGCUAAGGCCUUACCUAAGAGAUCCAAAGAGAGUUGCUCGUGUGAUGGAUCGAAGACUUGAAGAUGAAUACCCUAUGAAAGGGGCACAAACUGCAGCAAUAGUAGCGUACAAAUGCUUAAGUCAUUAUCCUAAGACUAGGCCUACAAUGGAUGAUGUUGUCAAAAUUCUCGAGACUCUUCAAGAUGAAAACAACAACACCGACUCUUCAAUCAGUGAUCCAAUGAUAACGAUGACAUUGAAUAGUGAUUUUAGCAGUGGAAGUGAGAAAAAUGAGGAUGCUGCAGCACCAGAAAGGAAUAGAAAUGGCAAGUACUUGAAUGAGAAAAAUCAAGGUUAUGGCUGGAGACAUCGAAUCAAUAGACAGAGAAUGGUGGCAUCUUACUCAGAUACAGCUCUCUAUAGAAGGCAUUGACAUGGCUAAGGCAUUGCAGUGGAGAAUAUAAGUAAUUGCUCUUCACACCAGGACAAAACUGAUAAUAAUUCAGAAAAUACGAUUGGUUGCAUAAAGGUGGAAUCUAUAGAUGCUAGUAAAUAUUAAUGCAGUAAGCAGUAUAUUGAAGGUAUGAGCAGCAUAUAUACUAGUUUACUGUUAAAGCUGCUGAUUUACGGUAUAGGAUUGUAACUUGAUUUUCUCAUUAUUAUUUUUCCUAUGAAUUGUUCAUGUUAUUAGACUUGGAAUUGAAAAAGAAAACAAGACUUAGCCAAUUAUAUUGUAAGGUUUGAAAUAGCUAUGUCAUGUCAUACCUAGACACUUAACAGCAAGAGUAUGCAUGAACUAGGGAUUAAUGAAAUCGGUGAAACAAUCGAAGGUCAGGAUUAAUGAAAGGCAUUUUCUUCCUAUCUACCUAAUUUUGGUGGUCCGAUAUGUUAUAUUCCACUCAUGUAUUGAUGAAAUGUAAUAAAUUAGCAUCUACGUACCGGAAUAAUUCAGAAAUUGAUCU